AUGACUUCCAAAUGUUGGUUCGUUCUCUCACAAACCCACUACCCUCCGCCCAUCAUCCCCGAGCACGGCUUGGGCUCAAGUUCCGGGCCAAUCUGCCUCGGACACUUGAUACCAGAUCUGAGGCAUCUCGACAAUGUCAUCAAUCGGAAUGGGCCUUUGGAGACCCCUCCGAGCAUGCCAAUUCAUCCCACCAAGGCCUGGGAGCUCAAGUGGCAGCGUGAGACUUCCAGCGGGGUAGACCUGUCAGCUACUGCAGGGGUCCCGAUUGCUGCCGCGGCCGGACUAACCAUGAAGCUGGACGCCGGUAUCGCCUUUCAAACAACUGUCAGUAACUACUGGGAAUUUGAGUCGCUCGACACGUUCAUUAUUCAACCGACGAAUUCGUACGUCGAAGACAGUCUCGAGCCUACAGAGGUUGGAGACUACCUCAAGGGGAGGGGCUGGACCAAAUCAUCAACCAUGUUCAUGAUUACCGGGAUUAUCGUGGCGCGCGGGGCAUCGUUCAGCGCCUCUAAAAGUCGCAGCCAUGACGUUCAUGGCGGGCCUGGAGCUGAGUUCCCUUUGAUUGCUGAAGCUGGAGGACAGGUUGUUGUUUCUCAAGGCAACAACAUCUCUUCCGCGGCCCCAAAGAUCACAGACUUCGUGUGGGCUGUCCGGUUGGCGAAGAUAUCAAAGGGAUUUAUCGACCGAAAAUGGUCCUUCGAGACUUUCUCAAGCGGUGCGACAUUUGGUUUGAAUGACAAGGCAGACAUCGGACAGGAAGUAGCUGAGGCUUUGAAGGGUGAAGAAGACGGAGAGGAGAGGAUCACGGCAAACCUUCAGCUUCGGCAGUGCUGUUCUCGAAAUGAGCCUCCAGACGCCAUGGAUUUCAGGCUUUUCCUUCUGAAGCACCCGCACCGUCAUAACCAAUUAUGCCCGCCAGAGUGGCAAGACAUCCAGAUAUGCAUUCCGCGAGAGAGGCGGGUAGGUUUGAAGGGCAAGAAGAAGACGGCGGGCAAAGGUGCAGACUUACCCGGGGGAAGCAGCGUCGUUUCGAGCGACACUUUCUGUGGUUUCAUCACGCAACGAUUUCAAUCGCAGUUGACACUGGCCGUUCUUAGUGACGGCCGGGUAAUCUCGCGGCAGCAACGCCCAUGCUUGGAUGAUUUCAUGGUCCAUGGGUCCAGCGUCUCACUCAGUGAGCUUCUCAAAUUCUUCAACGAUCACCUGAGACUUUCACAUAAGAUCCUCCUAUCAUACAUCAUCGCGAAAUCCUUCUGGCAGUUUUACGAUUCUGACUGGAUGCGCCACCCGUGGACCAAGAAGGACGUCCACUUCAUGUUCGAGAGCGACCCGUCCAGAAUAUACAUUAGCGAGCCCUUCCUGUCUACUCAGUUCAGCUGCAACGCCGAUGAUCCCGACAAUGGGAUGCAUCCUUUUCCAAAGAUUCUCGCCCUGGGUAUCAUGUUUCUUGAGAUCGGUCUUGGACAUGGCUUAGAGGACCAUUGGAGAGCAAAUAACCUUGAUUCCAACGGCCAGCCGAACGCAACCACGAAUUUCUACACUGCCCAGAGAGUCUUCAACGAGACGAGGGAAGUCGAUGGAUAUGUCGUCCGACUUGGCCAGCUGAUUAAGCGUUGCAUUAAUCAUACGUACUUUCUCAAGUAUAAGGGCGAUGUCGAGGGACUUCGCGAGGCAAUUCAGAAGGACAUUGUUAACGUUCUCUAUUCGUGCUAUCAAGACUUCGACAAAGACCCAGACGACGACAAGACGGGAUCUAUCAUUCUACCCAGUCAUCAAAUGCAAGCCUCUACAACAAGGGAUACAUUUCACCGCGUAUCAUCCCCGCCGUCGUCCGAAUUGACGAGGCUACAAUUCCACUCGGAGUCGAUCUACGCUCCCUCACGGGAAGCGGGCUUUGCACCGAUGAGCUGGCAGCGUGGCCCGGUAAUGCCAACACCAUCCUCCGCGACAUUGAUGUUCCAAGGUCAACAGGGACAUGCCAUGAUGCUGCCACACAUGAGCUGCCACGUCGGCACGUUCACGCCUCCAGGGCACUUGCCCGACGGCACGAUGUCCAGAGGAACCAUCUCCUCAGAUGACUGGUUUCGGCACUUCGAAAUACUCAGAAGAGUCAUUCGGCGUCCUCAACCAAAAGAUGCCUCAUACUCGCCCGUCAAGAUCGCCAUCCUGGACACAGGGGUUUCUCCAGGUUCUGGCGGUUUUGUAACAGACUAUAAGGAUUUCGUCUCAAAUGACCAUCUCCACUAUCAGGAUCGAACUGGACACGGUACCGAGGCAGUGUCUCUCAUAAGGAGGGUGUAUGAGAAUGCCGAGGUAUACGUCGGCAGGAUUUUCAAGGAACGAAAUGCAUCCGAGAACACCAUCGAUCUGAUGACCAAGGCUAUAUACCAUGCCAUGAGUGAAUGGAAAGCAGACAUCAUAGUCCUGGCCUCCGGGUUCGAGUGCAUUAACCCCGACCUAGAAACCGCAAUCAAGAAAGCCCGCCAGGCCAAGAUCCUCAUCUUCGCGGCCGCUUCAAACUACGGCAACAUUACAGAUAUCGCGUUCCCGGCCCGUAUGUACGUCUUCCGCAUGCUCUUCUGUAUGUUCUCGACGACACCGGACGUCCGGGCCAGCCAAUACCUCAACCCGUCGCCUCCGAAAAGGCCCAACAAUUUCGCCAUAAUCGGAGAGGACAUCAAAUUCGUUAAUCUUCCUGACGUGGGCCGUCUCCGAUCCGGGACAUCCUACUCGGCGAUGAUAGGAGCUGCCGUCGCUGGCCUGGUUCUCGAGUUUGCGCGGCAUGACGAUGUUCGAGAACGGGACGCUCAGCUCGCGGAGAAUCUGCGCACGGUCGAGGGCAUGUCUGCCGUGUUUACGGCAAUGGCGAGGGAUACGGAUAAUAAAUACCAGUGCGUCGCGCCUUGGAAAAUUCUGUCUGAGGAGCUGCGGAACGAUCGGGUUGAUAAGGUCGUCGCGAGGAGAGAUGUUAUGGAGAGAAUCAUAACGGCGUGGAAGGGGCGAUAUCAAUAG